GGCUACGCUUUAGUUUUUCAGAACGGUCUAUGAAUAAAUAGGCAGGCUCCUUAACCAGCACCAUCAUUACUCGACGAGAUCCAGUAAAAUGAAGACUAUCGUGUAUGUCAGUUUGUUGGUAUGCUGCGUGGCUAUUGCAAGCGCGCUGCCGGCGCCUGACGUAGAAGAAUCUACCACACAAGUAGUGGAGGAAGUCAAGCCUCUAGCAGCCAGUGACGAUGUAUUGGAACCACAGGAAUCGAGAUGGGGCUGGGGAGGUCGGGGCUUCGGCGGCUACGGUGGCUACGGCGGAGGAUGGGGCCGUCCAAACUAUGGAUGGGGCCGCCCUCACUACGGGUUCGGAGGCGGCGGUUUCGGUUUCGGCGGCGCCUACGGUUAUGGCGGGGGAUGGGGACGCUAAUAGUUACCAAUAAUGAAUUCAAUUUAU